UUUAAGGUUUUCAUUUUUUAUUAAAUUAAAAAUAAAAUUAAGACACUCUAAUUAACUUCCUAAUUACAUACCUAUUUUAACAAAUAAAAUGCAAAUUAAUAGUUCCUGGGUUCCUCUUCAUCUAUGUUCUUCAUUUUCAUAUUCAUCAUCUUCUCCAGCAUUAAAAAUAUAAAAUCCAGAAAAUAGAAUAAUUCAUCAUCAAACCCCUUCUUCCAUUUAAUUCACCAAAAGCCUUAAAAUCAAUCCUCAAAACUAGAUCUAGGGUUUCCUCAUCAAAUCACAACCCCCAAUUCGUGGAACACAAACAGCAACAAAACAUCCCAAUUCGUGGAACACAAUAAGCAGCAAAUCAAGAAGCUUAACCGAUCCCUUAGGCGAAGAUGAAGAAGCAGAAGAAGCAUCACCACUAACCAAAACAUCCAUGACAACGUCCUCCAUUUUCACCCAACCAUAUUCUUCUCCAUGACCCAAUACGCGGACCUCAUCCAACCGUUUCUGGCGAGCAUGCCGAGGAUGGCGGCGAACGCCGAUUCAGACCCCCUGAAACCGGGUUGCCUCUCGGCCCAACGGAAGAACCAGAGAGCAGAUCUGGGUCGGGUUCAGACUGAAUGGAGGACCCGAACGAACAGCUCAGACUGGGGAAACCGCUGCGCGCAAGUGAUCAGAAACAGGGGAAGGAUUGUGGAGUGAAACGACGUCGUAGGGGCUGGAGGGGCAUGUGCUGAAGGAGAAGAUGAAGCGAGAUUUGAGGGGUGUGGCUGCUGGUGUGGAGAAGACUCUGAAAGAGAGGGUCAUCGAUUGAAUGGAAAAUUGGUGAAUGGGUCUGCUGAAAGUGACAGAGGAAGAUGGUGGAACCAAAUCCAAAGAUAUCAUUUUUUGCUAAUUUUUCUGGGUUUGAUGAAUGAUCCUUUAUGCACCUGAAGAUUGAUGUUGAAGAGUGGGUUUUUGAUGAAGAAGAUAUGCAGAUGAAGAUUUGUAAAUAAUAAUAAGGUGAAAAUAAAUUCCAGGUCAACCUCAUUUAAUACGUGGCAAUGCCACGUCCCCUCAGGUGAUGGUAUUUGGCAAGGACUGGCGGAGUUAAGGGUGGUUUGUUACGAAAAGUGUAAUCGGAGGGAUGGUUACUUUACUUUGAAAAAAUUAGGGGCCAAACUCAAACUGUCCUCAAUACACAGGGACCAUAAACAUAUUUAACCCUUUAUAGAAAAGGCUCAAAUGAUAUCACUGUUGCUGCAGUCUGCCAAAGAUAGUACUACUUGCUUCAGAAGUAUACUUCAUUGUUCUUCUCCAUAAAAAAAUUGGAAAUCUCAGAAAAAGUGAUAAAGAAAAUAUAAUACCUCCUUCAAGUAACUUGUGAUUCCAUUGACACCAACAAACAAUACAGCUUUAUUUCUCUCAAGUCUCUACACAUAGCAACAGAAUCAUAGUGCUCAAUAGAAUAACUUGGAAUACUAAUCUCCUUCUCUCUAUAUAUACAUAAAAAUACAAUCUUUGGAGCAACAAGAUUGGUUAUUUCAAGGUGGAACAAUGAAGAAGGAAAUCUGGUUUUUUCUGUGCCUGGCCUUUUUGGCAUGCUGUCUUGGCAUGGCAAGGGGAAUAGUGGUGCAAGAGAAGGCAGAUGCAGUAAUCCCAGUGCCAACAACACCGUCACCACCAGAAGGCAACACUACAUUCAUUGAUGGCACAACAUGGUGUGUUGCACUUGCUGGAGUUUCCCAAGCUGACUUGCAGAAUGCACUAGAUUGGGCUUGUGGACUUGGAAAGGCAGACUGCACACCCAUCCAAAAAGGUGGAGCAUGUUAUGAACCAGACACACUAGUUUCUCAUGCAUCCUUUGCUUUCAACAACUACUAUCAGACAAAUGGGAAUUCUGAUAUUGCCUGCAAUUUUGGUGGAACUGCUACUUUGACAAAAAAUAACCCCACCUAUGGAAAAUGUGUCUAUCCUUCAUCUGGGUCUAUGGUUUCUUCUGCUCCACCAUCACUGAAGAAGCACAACCAAAGCUUGGUCCUGUCGAAACUUGCUGCCAUGCUACUACUGCUUUUAUACUUUUUGAUGUGACUAUGUUGUGGUCGGUUAGGAAGUUGACAAAAGGAAAAGGGAAUUAGAGAAAGGUUAGGGAGUACACCUAUGUUAGCAUUUAGUAAUUGUGUUUUUGUGGUUGCUAAGGUAUUCUUAGCUUUCAAGUUGGGUCAUGACAAGAAUCUAUAAUUGUGCAAAAUGACCUCUUUUUGCAGCUUAAUUUUGUUUAUCCCUUUCCCUUGUCCUCAAUAUUCUUUUUCUCUGCUUUCUGCCACUUUGAUUGGUCCUUAGGUUCUUAUUGGCACUAGGAUCAGUUGAUGACAACAAGAUAAGAGACUUAGCCUUUGGUUUUGGAAAAAUAAAUAGGUUCUUUCUCCUCCAAAUGGUAUCGAUGGUUACUGCAAAAACUGUAACCCAUUUUUCCAGACCUGUAGAUUUAUUGUAAUCCUUCAAGAUUUUAACUAGCCAAGUGUGGAUAUCCUGUUGGGGCA